ACUUAGAUUUACGUUGCCGCGUUCUCUGGUUGUGAUCAAACGAACGUGCCGACGUUGCCAAAUGUAUCGAAAGUUGAAUUUAGUGGCGCCUGUAGACCACGUGUGUUGAAAACAUGGAAGAAACAGAACCUGUGCUUGGGGAGAAGAAAAGUAAGAAAAAGAAGAGGGAGAAGUCAGUUGCAGAUAUUCAGCAUGAAGAAUCGUUUCAUUUACAGUCUUCAGACAAAGUAGCCAAGCUAGACACAUCUGAAUGGCCACUUUUGUUAAAGAACUUUGACAAAUUAAAUGUUCGCACGAACCACUUUACCCCGUUACCAUUUGGAUGUUCUCCUCUUCAAAGGAGCAUAAAGGAUUACAUUAAGUAUGGAUUCAUUAACGUUGAUAAGCCAGCCAACCCAAGCUCCCAUGAAGUAGUUGCAUGGAUUAAAAGAAUUCUCAAGGUGGAAAAAACUGGUCAUUCUGGAACAUUGGAUCCAAAAGUUACAGGUUGUUUAAUAGUAUGCAUAGAUAGAGCUACGCGACUUGUAAAAUCACAGCAAAAUGCUGGGAAAGAGUACAUAUGCAUAUUCAAGUUGCAUUCUGCAGUAGAGAGUGCUCAAAAGGUCAGCCAGACGUUGGAGAAACUUCGUGGUGCAUUAUUCCAGAGACCCCCCUUGAUAUCUGCAGUGAAAAGACAAUUGAGGGUCAGAACUAUAUAUGAUAGUAAACUUCUGGAGUACGAUGAAGAAAGCAAUAUGGGAAUUUUCUGGGUCAGUUGUGAGGCUGGAACAUACGUCCGUACAUUGUGUGUUCACCUAGGACUGAUGUUGGGGGUGGGUGGCCAAAUGUUGGAACUGAGGAGAAACAGAUCAGGGAUUCAGAGUGAGAAAAAGGGAAUGGUUACUCUUCAUGACGUCAUGGAUGCACAGUGGUUGUAUGAGAACCAUAAAGAUGAAUCAUAUUUACGUAGAGUUGUUCGACCACUAGAAGAACUUCUGACGUCACAUAAGAGGAUAAUUAUGAAGGACAGUGCAGUGAAUGCUGUUUGCUAUGGUGCUAAAAUAAUGCUUCCUGGAGUUCUUCGUUAUGAAGAUGGCAUUGAGCUGAACAUGGAAGUUGUUAUUGUUACAACAAAGGGAGAAGCUAUUGCGCUGGGCAUUGCUCUAAUGACUACUGCUACUAUUGCAAGUUGUGACCACGGCGUUGUUGCCAAGAUAAAACGUGUUAUCAUGGAUCGGGACACAUACCCCAGGAAGUGGGGUCUGGGACCUAAGGCAUCACUGAAGAAGAGCAUGAUUAAGCAAGGUCUUCUGGACAAAUAUGGAAAGCCCAAUGAUAAAACUCCUGGUGAAUGGCUAAAUGAGUAUGAAGAUUACAGCCUUCCAAAACCAGAGAGUGAGAUUGCAACAGUGGCUCCAUCUGAAGUUCCAGAAGAAACAGAGACAAGAAAGCGAGCAUUGAGUACAAGCAGUUCAGGUUUGCAGAGUGACCUAGAUAAAUCAGGAGCGUCUACUGAGAAAGUAAAAAAAGAGAAGAAAAAGAAGAAGAAAAAGAAGCCCAAACUGGAGCUAGAAAGUGCAGAGGAAACAGCACAAGCUGCAGAAGGGUUAGAGGCUAGUACAGAGGAACCUACUAAGGAGAAAAAGAAAAAGAAAAAGAAAGAUAAAGAUAAAGAUAAAAGGAAGGAAGAAGGUGAGGCAGCGUGAAAUUUAUGGAGUGGGCCAUUUGAAAGAGAAAUAGGUUUUUCAUUUAGGACUGCUAUAUUGUGUGAUUAUUCUGUUUAAAUUAAACAGAUCAUAAAUGUGGCGUGGUGGUUUUAAAGACAGUGAAAGUAAAAAUGGCAGCCCAGACACUGUCAUUUGUUAUUUGUACAAAUAAAUUUUUUAUAUAUGUA